AUGUCCAUAUUCGAUCCCUUGGGAUUCCUGUGCCACCUCACCAUUACGGGCAAAUUGAUUUUACGCGAAAUCUGGAAACUUAGUAUAGGCCUGGAUGAGCCCGUUCCUAGUAAUAUCAACGACUUGUGGAGUAAUUUCCGGAGGCAGUUCCUAAAGGUUAUAGAGUGCACAGUUCCACGCCACUAUUUCAGGUUGGGCGAGAAAAAAUCUCUACAAUUGCACAUAUUUGUUGACGCGAGCGAAGACGCAUUCGGAGACGUAGCAUUUUGGAGAGCAAAGAGCCCGGACAAAACGGUGCAAGUCAGUAUUGUGUACGCCAGGUCAAGAAGUGCGCCGCUCAAGACACUAAUUAUUCCUAGAUUGGAGUUACAAGCUGCCGUAUUAGGAUCGCGUAUGAUGACAACUAUAAUUGAAGAGCAUACGUUGCUCGUAGAUCGCUGUGUCCUUUGGAGCGAUUCAAGAACGGUUCUCAAGUGGAUUGCAAGUGAGCAUCGUCGUUACAAACCCUUUGUAGCCCAUAGAGUGGCGGAAAUCCUAAGUGUGUCUAAGCCGUCUGAUUGGAGAUGGGUGCCAACAAGAGAAAAUGUCGCUGACGAAGCAACCCGGAUAAAAAAUUGUGUUAAUCUCAACCCAUCCUCACGUUGGUUCAUGGGUCCAGAUUUUUUAUAUCAGUCAGAGCACAUUUGGCCCACAGACGAUACACCCGUUGUGAACGCCGACGAGACCGAAGAACUUCGGCCGAAAUAUGCUUUCCUAAUUGCCAGAAGCAGCAUUUUUGAAUUUAACAGAUUUUCAUCGUUUCUUAAACUGGGAAGAGUUGUUGCCUGGGUCCUCCGCUACAUUCGUAAUAGCAGAUCGGAACCUGCGGAGAAGAUGUCAACAUAUGGGUUAAUGGCCACGGAGCUUGACGCCGCCGAACGACUGAUAUGUCGGCACGCGCAACGCGAAGCAUUGGUCAAUGAAGUGAAUCUACUGGAGGAAGGACUAAGUCUGUCAAGUGAGAGUCCACUCUACAAACUUUCGCCGUGGCUAGAUGGCGAAGUGUUCUCCGCGUACACGGCCGAUUGA